UUGCUUGACCUCUUUUUAAAAUUUUGUUAACUUUUCAUUUCUACCAAAUCAUUUUUGGUUGAGAUUCACAAUAUUCGGUUAAUUUUUGUAUUUUGAGUUUAUAGGAGUAUUUAUUUGUUGUAGUUAUAUUGUUUUUUUAAAAAGUAUUAUGUAGUAUAUAUUUUAUUGGGAAUUUUUUUCUUUUAAUGAUAAAAAAUUAUUAGGUUGAUCCAAUAAAAACGACUCAACUCAGAACCCAUUUAUCCGACUGUUUUGACAUGUCUAUUUCCUGAUUUUUGUGGUCUUUGGAUGGAAGUAGUCAUUUUUUCCUGCAGGGUGUUGACAGCUUAACCACUAGAUGCACUUGACAGUUUUAGGUUGUGGACUUAGCCGUCUUACUUGAUUUAUGCUUCAACGUGCAUGCAACUCAACUUCUGUAUGCAACACUUUCGCCACUAUGCUUGCUUCAUUGUCCUAUAUCAUUCAUUCUCAUGAAUACCUUCCUUAUUCUAAUACCAAUAUAUCUCAUUUGUCUUCAAACACAUCCCAAAAUGGAAACUAAGUCACCUGUCAUCAAUCCCAAACCUCGUCGUCCUCAGUCUGCCGGUAUCCCUCGCUCACCGCGAUUAAGUCGUAGCAGUAGUGGCGCAUCAACCGCUUCUUCGUCUGAUACUCGUGGAUUAUCUCCACAUCGUUCUACUAGUCGGUCUUCAUCGGUUUCUCUACCUGAGAUACGUGUUCUUGCAUCAACGACCUCCCCUCAACAAUCAAUAAAUCGAUCUUCAAGGUCGGCCACCACAUCUCCUAGACCAUCAGUUCACCGAUCAAGGUCAACAAUUAUGUCUAGAACCACCACCAAAGAUGAGGGAAACUAUAAUAGCAUCCCAAUAUCUAAAGUGUUAGGUAGCCCAAGAAGGAGACUAGGUUUUGAGAGCAAGGAAGAUUCUAACACUAGUAACCUAAGUAGUGUGACUAAGCUUUUUAGGUCAAGUUCUCAUAAUGCAUCAGCAAAGGGAAUUGAAAGGGCAUUGACCAAGUCUCCCUCGGCAUGGGCCUUGUCGCCCGGCCGCCCAUUGCCGGUCCCACCCUUGGCACCGGAGUCUCCGAAGGUGAAAGGUGUAAGUGGAAUGUUGAAGUACUUUAAUAAACAGAAGAAGGUAUCCUCAAUACAAGAAGAAGAGUUUCAUCAAUACAAAAUUAUGCAUAAUAGGCUGAUUCAGUGGAGGUUUGCCAAUGCUAAAGCUGAGGCUGCUAUGACUAAGGUUAAGAGUAAAGCAGAGGAGAAAAUAUUUGGUUUGUGGUUGAAAUUGUACAAAAUGAGAUAUGCAAAUGCAGAAAAGAGGAUGAAAGUUGUAAGGUUAAAGCAAAAGGUAAAGUUUCUUCAAAUUGUAUGCCCACAAAUUGAGCUUCUCAAUGAUUGGGACAAAUUGGAGAAGAAAAAUUGUGAAGCUCUUGGUAGACUCACUAGGAAGCUCUCUGCUUACUCCACUAAACUUCCACUUCUUCAUGGUGCAACGGCAGAAGUAGUAUCUGUAUAUGAAUCCAUGAAAUUAGCUCUAGAAGUUAUGGAAAACAUUGAAGAAACCAUAGAUGAACUCCAUUUUCAGGCUGAAAAAGUAAGUAUGAUGCUGAAGGAGCUUAUGCUUAUUGUUAAACAAAACAUGGAAUGUUUUCAAGGAUUAGAGAAGGAAAUUACAAGUAAUAUGUCUCUAGAGGCACAUGAAAAAAGCUUAGUAGUACAUUUCAUACAAGCAAAUAAGGAGGCAGAUGAAGGGCAGAGGAAUUGUAAACAUCACCUAAUGAGAUCCUUCAAAAACAAGGAGAUAUCUCUAACUUAUUCAAUGUUGAAUGUUUCUUAAUAUACUCCAAUAAUUAUAUAUAUAUAUAUACUUGUCCUCCAAAAUGGUGUGGCAAAGUUUUUGUGUAGGUCUAAUUAAUUGGCCAAAUUUUGAAGAAUGAUUAUUACAAAACUAAAUAUGAUAUCGUGUUAUUACACAAUA